UACAGCUCUGUCACUAUUCCAUUUAUGAUUCGGUUAACUAAAUAUUAACUCCCCUCGGCCCUCACAUAUAUAAACUCCAAAAGUCCCCACAAACCUUUCCAUCCAUUCUUUCCUCACUUACUACCUCCUCACGAUCUUUUACUCUCAUCUCCUGGCAACUUUCGUAGAACUCAAAGCGACUUUCCAAAAGAAAAAAACCUGAAUCCAACCUUGGUGAGUUAAUACCAUGGCUCUGGAGGCUUUGAAUACAAGAGCAGCGCCGCCGCCGCCCUCGCUUGUUUACGAUGAAGAAUUCCGUAAUCUUAGUUUCGAGAAGUACGUCAAGAAAAAGAGGUCCAAGCGUCCUGGUUCCGCUUCUUGUUCCCCUCCUCGUCCCGAAAACUCAUCUUCUGAAGAUGACAAUCCGUCAUCUUUAGAAGAGCGUUGUAAGGAAGAGUAUUUGGCUCUCUGUCUAAUCAUGCUUGCCCGCGGCGGCAACGACAAGAACGUCGCCUCCUCCUCCUCUGCCGCCAAAGACAAGAACGUCGCCUCCUCCUCCUCUGCCGCCAACGACAAGAACGUCGCCUCCUCCUCCACAGGCUUCAAGACUGAAAACCAAGAAACCGAACCUUCUCUGCCCGAAGCCCAAUCUUACAAGUGUAGCGUGUGCAACAAGGCUUUUUCGUCAUACCAGGCCUUGGGCGGCCACAAAGCCAGCCACCGCAAGCUCUCGGCCGCCGUUUCAGACGAUGAAAAACCAUCAACCUCCGCCGCAGCCCCCGGGAACGCUCCUUAUGUAUCUGCUCUGAACCCUAGCGGUAGGGCCCACGUUUGCUCCAUCUGCAACAAGUCGUUCCCCACCGGCCAGGCUCUCGGUGGGCACAAGCGCCGCCACUAUGAAGGAACGAUCGGCGGCCAUACUGUUGGGCACGGCGGUGUGAGUGCAACCGCCACUGCCAGCGGAAGCGGCGUCACAUGCUCCGACGGUGGUGGCGCGUCUCCUAGCCAUGCGGCUCUCGGUAUCGACUUGAACGUGCCGGCGCCGGAAUUGGAAUUCGAACUGGGGUUCGGCGUUGACUGCGGUGUGGAAAGUCAACGCUUAGCGGAGCAUGAAGAGGUGGAUAGCCCAAUGCCGACCAAGAAGCCGCGUUUAUCGUUCUCAGUUGAUUUAGGAUGUGCGGCCUAAUCAAUUACAAUUACUGCCACUUUUCUUUUUAUUUUCGUGUAUUUUUAUUUUGAACCAAAAUUUCUCUUCGCUAUUUUUACUUUUCCCCACCCGUUCACACUUGAUUGUUUAUGUACAAACUAUAGAGAGUAGGUUAUUGUCCUUAAAACUCUCUGUUAGUUACAUGAUCAAUUCGUUGAUUCAAUUCAUUUAAUUGAUAGUAC